AUGGCUGAUGAUCAGCCCGCCGCAUCAACAGCACCAGGUACAGAUGAGCAGCAACAAGAACCCGCUCAUGAUCCGCUGAGCUGGCGAGCCAAGUGCAGCCAGCAGUACCGGGAGAGUAUGAUACAGUGGGUGUGGAAGGUGCUGCACCCGAAUGUUCAGCAACAUUUGAAGAUGGUCACGGACCCCCAACUCGUCUCAGACCGCAACAAACUACAAGAAUACGAAAUCCGGCUCUUCGAUGAUUCCGCGUCCUUGGCUGACUACCGCGCAGCGCUCAAGCGAUAUCGAGAUAUUUAUAAGCCUGGGACGAAGCAGAUGGCUGGCCGACGCGCGGCUAAUGAACCACGAGCGCAAGCCGCAAAAACCCAGAGCACGGCGGUUCCGAGGAAACGCGAGACUCCGGUGGACACGGCGGUGCAGGCAGUGCCGGCCAAGAUGAACUACGGCUCGCCCGGCUUCGACGGCCAGUACAGCCGACGUGCCAGCCAGGAUAUUCCGCCAGGCUACGACCAACCAGCCCACAGGAAUCCUAUUUACGCGAAUCACAUGCAAAUGCACAUGCAAACCCACGGCGGCUACGCAACCCCCGGCUACGCCCCUCAACCCCAAGCCGUUCAGCACGCGGACGACGGAGAUGAACAGGCCGACCAGGAGGUGCUCAGCUUCACCACGCCGCAAUACGCUCGACGCCCUCAAGCCGUACAGUACUCCCCGAGAGUGCGCGGCGAUCAGCACCCGCCCGGCUACCACUGGCCCCCCGCCGCCCAGGAGAUGCACGUUGGAUAUGACCACCGUCGUCAUCGACAGGUUCAGCAACAGCAGCCGAUGCUGAUGUCGCCCCGAUUUUCCGGCCAGAUGGUCAUGCAAGUAUCGCCUGCCGCCCCGCAAGAGAUGCAUUUUUACGACGUCGCCCGUCAGCAACCGGUUCAGCACCGGCGCAGAUCAUCUCCACCCCCACCACCCCAUCGAGUCGUCCAGAGCACGAUGGAGCAGCGCCGCGAGGUGUCGAGCAUUAGCCCCCUGGCCAGCGCGUACAAAGACUGGUUCCGGCUGGACAUGACCGCCACCAGCUACACCACCAUGGUCACCUUCAUCGCGAAGAGCAUCUACGAGAUGGUCACCUGCGUCGAGGAGAGCGACGCGAAGACGGGCAGAAGGUGCAUGACGCUGGGGCUGAAGGUCGAGGAACGCGCCUAUGACAUGGCCGAAUCGACGAUGGACUACUUGGACAUCACCACAGGCUGGUUGAACGUCAUCAAGGAGUGGAUCUGCGUCGGCAAGAAGGUCACCGCUGACGACUUGAAGGAGAUUGAAAGCGAAGUUUGGAAGAGGAUGGAAUUUGAAGAAAAUGAAGGAGAUGAGCAAGAGGAAGAAGAUGAGGAUGAGCUCCUGGCUGAACAGCUUGAGCGCAGGCUACAAGAAGGGGAUGACCAGCAGAACGGAGAGGAAGAAGAGGAGGAAGAGCAGGAAGAGCACGAAGUAGUAGAUGAGCAAGAAGGGGAAGAAGAUCAGGAGCACGAGGUAGAUGAACAAGAAGAAGGAGAGGAAGAAGAUGAAGACGAAGAUGAGCAAGACGAGGAAGAAGACGAAGAAGAUGAAGGAUUCGACGACGAAGAAGCCGAGGAAGUCACCGAAGAAGAGCUUGCCGCCGAACUCGCCGAAGUUGAGCAAGGAGAACGAGAAGAACGUGAAGCUUCAUCGGAAGUGCCGGCGAAAAAGCCGAAAAGCGCAAUUGGUGCGCUAAUCGGAAGCGUCAUCAAGCUGGCCAAGGCCGCCAAGGCCAAGGAGGCUACUACCGUAACCCAGCCAGCCACCUCGACGAAGCCG